CCAAUAGACCAUAAUUAAGAACCAAUCAAAAUGCGGUAUCAAGUUGUUACCUGUCCACUUCGUGCCAAGUGGCACAUGAGGCUACAUGAGUCGACUUAUUAUAUAAUAGCACAAACAAGGGAUAGCAAGGGAAACUUGCCUAAAAAGAAAGGUGCCUCUGCAUUCUAACCUUUAAUCCCUGUUUAUGUUUGUAAUGGUACUGACUAAGUACAAAGAAGGGAGCAAAUAGAUGCUAAGAGGUCACAAAGAUCGUCGUAAACACAGCUGAAAAAACCGGAAAUACGGACCUUCUCUCGCUCUGCGUAUCUGUUUACGUAUUUGUCAAGGAUCCCUCUCCACUAUGGCUUCAAACUAUGUGUUGCCAGAAGAGGCUAAUGACACAUGUUUAAAUACUCUUGGAAGAGAAGUGGAGAUGCAAACGUUUAAAACUAACAUCCCGCCGGAGAAACCAACGAUCGAAAGCGAUGCUUUGGGAGAAGUGCUCCUGAAAAUAGUAUGUGUAGGUGGCUAUACUGCCGGGGUAGGGACCAAAGGGGUGUUUAUCGACGAUUAUCUUCAAGUGUGGCCUCCAGUGCAGACGUAUCGCUCGCCAUUAAUCGGCGCGAAUUUUUAUUUAAAAACAAUUAGAUGGCGAAGAAGCGACACCGAGAAGCCAUUGUCGAUCAAGCUGCAACUCUGGGAAGUUGCCGAGCAGGAACGCUUUGGAAACUUCAUUAAGGUAUACUUCAGAAACAGUCAUGGCGCGUUAGUUUUCUGGGGUACGCGUCGCCCAUCUUCGCUGGAUGAAGCGGUGAGAUGGAGAGAGAAGGUAAAGGAGUUUUGCCCAUCAAUUCCAUGUGUUCUUGUCACAGACAACGUAGGUAAGGAACCACUACGGUGGAUUGGGCCUGGAAAGACAUUUGAGAGUGAGGUAGCGCUGGAUCAGUUCUGUAAAGAUCACGGCUUUGUGGAUCAUUUUGAGAUCAAGUCACGCGACUGGGAAUCUGGCGAGAAAAGCGUUUUCGGACAAGCUGUAAAUUGUCUCCUCGCAAAUAUUUUCAAGAAUCAACCAAGCGAAGAAUAUGUAAACGAUGAAUGAACAAACGCGGAAAAGUCUUAAGAAACUUUCGCCAUUUCAGUUCUACUUCCAUAUCUAGUAACAUCUGCUGGAGUGAAAAUUCAAUCGAAAUAUCAAUGUUUUUUUUCUCCAGAGAGGAGUUAUAAAAUGUUUCUAGGUCGUUAUUCGCUUCAUAUCAGUAAUGGCCACGCUCUGCUGGUUCAAGUUCGCUAAGAAUAGAAAUGUCAUAAUGCGACUAUCAAAAACAAGUUCACAAGCAAACAUAGGCACGCAACGUGUCCAAAGGGCAUCGUUUUCUUCGUUUUCAUCGUUGACUUCACGAAAGCAUGAACCUGGUAAACUUGAAGAUUCAAUUAAGCGCCAACCCUUGAUAAAACAGCUCCUCCUCUAGUAAUUAACCCCUAAAAAGAGGAAACAUGCAUGUAAUGGUGAAAAGUGUGUGAAACAAAGGUAGGAUGCCUAACGACUCGGUGUUUUUUUCAUACACAUUUGGAACACGUGCAAAAGUAAUUUAGCACAGCGAGCGCCUGGAAGUGAGACUAAGGCAGCGCUCUGGACGCUUGCAGUAGUUCUGUAUUAAGGACGUUCGCGCUAAUUGUUUCUGCGUAUCCGGCCCUUACUGCGCAAGCAAAUUCACAUUUUACAAUAACUGUCUAAUUUCCCGCGCGCUGAUGGCUCAUGUUUAUCAUCAAUAAGAGUACAGGCGGAUAAAAUGUUAAUUUAUGCGAGCUUGCAAGUUCAACUUUCAGCUGUCA